AGGGGAAAGUCCACGUGGGUUUGUUUUGAUUUUGUUUUGUUCUGUUCCUGUUGUGCAUACAAUGUCGUUGGGUAUAGAGUACCGGCAUCUUACAGAAGCAUACGAACGAAUCAGUCCGCAUAUUCACAAAACACCAAUAUAUACUAGUUCUUACAUAGAUGAACUGGUAGAAAAGAAAGUGUAUUUUAAAGGCGAACAUCUACAAAAGACUGGUUCAUUCAAGGCAAGAGGAGCUUUGAAUGCUGUGUUGUCAUUAAAAGAGAAAAAUCCUGAAAACAGUGGUGUUGUAACUCACAGCAGUGGUAAUCAUGGUCAGGCCUUGGCAUGGGCAGCUAGGUAUGCAGGUAUGAAAUGCACUGUUGUCGUUCCAAGCAAUGCACCUGCUGUUAAAGUUGCUGCAAUCAAGGACUAUGGUGCUGACCUGGUAUUCUGUGAGCCAAACCCCACAUCUAGACAAGAAACAUGUGCCAAAAUUUCUGCUGAGAAAAACCAGACCAUCAUUCCACCAUAUGACCAUCAGGAUGUCAUUGCUGGACAGGGAAGUAUUGGCAUUGAAUUGAUGGAACAGGUUCCUGACUUGGAAGCUAUACUUGUUCCCAUUAGUGGUGGGGGGAUGACAUCAGGGAUUUGUAUUGCAGCAAAGGCUGUAAAACCUGACAUCAAAAUUUUUGCAUGUGAGCCUAAAGGCAAAGACCUGGAGUAUUCCCUUAAGGCAGGUAAACCAAUGUGGCCAGAUCCACCCAAGUUUGUAGAUACCAUUGCUGAUGGCCUGAGGGUGCAGAGACUGGGAACACUGACCUUUCCAGUGGUUUUGGAAUUGGUAGAAAAAGAAGUUUUCACAACUAGUGAUGAUGACAUCAUAAAAGCCAUGAAGUUAGUGUAUCAGAGAAUGAAGCAAGUGAUUGAGCCCAGCUCAGGUGUGGGUGUGGCUGCUCUUCUCUCUGACAAGAUGAAAAUACUGACACCCGACAUGAAGAAAGUGGGUGUCAUUCUCUGUGGAGGGAAUACUGACAUUGAGCACUUGCCUUGGAUGAAAUAAAAAAUCUAAGCAUAUCUAUUGAUGGUGAAUUUAAACAUUAUAAUUAAAAUUAACUAAGCACAUUAAAUACCUCUACUCCAAGUUUCACAGACAUACCCUAUGGUUACGUCCGAUCCUCAGGGGGCAUGUUUAUUCAAAAUAUCAAAAUAUAUAUAUAUAUAUAUACUUCUUUUAGUCCCUUUGAUAAACAGAGAAGAUCAGUAUUUUUUAUAAGUUAAUGUUAAUCGCCAACUUAAUGUUUUGAAUUGUGAAAUAUCUCAGAUACUUGCUCAAUGUAAAGCGAACUCUGAAAAAUGUAUUGUAGGGAGUUGCAUAGAAGCUUUUAUUGAUUGUAAGUUUUUAUGACAGUGUGAUGGUAUGCCAUCUUAGAUAAAAAUGUGCUCUUCACUUUUGGUUUUAUUACACAAUGAAUGCAUGUAAGGUCAACAUUCUGAUGUCCACUUUAAAAGACCAUACUGGCCAGUAGCCAUGUUGUAUGGGUUUCUUUAUACUGGCAUUUCAAAAAUCAACAUGGUUUCUCCCGGUGGUGUCUUGAUAGUCCGAAGGUUCAUUGCUCCAAAAAAUUGGUAACAUUUUCAUCAGUUUAUUAAUCAAGGAUUUAUUAUUCCGAAGGUUCUAUAGUGAACAUUCAGAUCAAUGAACCUUCAGACUGUUGAACCUUUGAACUAUUGCUACGGCCACUUUCUACCAAUGUCAGCUGCCAAAUUGACAGCCCAUUGAUUUUUAAGUAACAGAUUUUUUUAAAAAAUUUGUAUUGUUUGAUUUAUUGAAAUGUGUAAUGUGUACUUGUUUACACAGUUAAA